AUCUGGUUGUGCUUCAGUCGGGGAUGCUGGAUGGUGGUCGAAGGGGUGUGUUUUGACGUCGUGUACAUAUUGAGAAAAAAACUCGAUUUUUACGUUUUUUUCGUUCACAAAAUCGGCCUAUUUUUGCAAAAUGCGCUUAAACAAAUUUAGUGGUUGAACAGGAUGUCGUGGGAAUCGCUCAACUCGCACGACUUCACCAGGUAUGGCGGGGUUAGUCACCAGCUUUCAGCCACACGUCUUCUAUCAUCUCCCGACGGCUCUCGGCACCCCCUCGACGGCCUCGAGCAGAUCUGGCCUUGGAACGACUCAUACUCGAGCCUUCACCGUGACACCUACACGGAGGUUCGCACCCCAAGACCCCCAAUUUUCACCUGGGGCUGUUUUCGAGCCUGUCGGGCACGAAUCUACCAAAGCAUCGCCAAAAGAAAGGUCGAUCAAGGAGUAAAGCUUUAUAACCAGCACAAGCAGCAACAAGCCGUCAGAAAGUGGAAGUCGGCUCUGAAAGCUAUCAGAAAGCGGGAGGACAAAUUUGUGCUUUUAGGGUAUUUGUGUCAGGCGUAUAUGGACUGGGGGAAGUACAGGGAUGCGUUAGAGUACGCACACCGCCAACUUUUCAUAAGUGAGGAGCUGGACAAUCCAAAUAUGAGGGCAGAGUCCUACUUGAGUUUAGCAAAGGCCCACCAAAGACUAGGUGGCCUUGAAAAGGCCUUGGCAUACGCCCGGCACUCCCUGUACAACGAAUGCGAGCAAUGCACGACCGCCGGCCAUGUCCACCUCACCGUCGGCUCCGUCUACUUGGAGCUGGCCGGCUUCAACAAGGCCCUUGAUAGCUUCCAGCACGCCCAUCGCAUCGCCCAGGCCGUCCACGACCCAGCACUCGAAUUGCAAGUCUACGUUGGGCUUUCUGAGCUUUUCAGCCGUUUGCAAGACGCCGAUAAGUCGGCAAAAUACGCUUCAAAAGCCUACGAUCUCUCGCGAUCUCUCCAACUGGGAGAUUUGAAUUCGCGACAUCAUCGAGCUGCGCUUCUGCAGAUGGCGUCGGCGUUGCGGAAGCAAGGCGAGUUGGGAGAUGCACACGAUUAUUGUUCGGAGGCGACGAGGUUGGCGCUGAUGUCCGGGGACCAAGCGACUUAUGCAAGGAGUAUACGAAUCAUGGGGGAUAUCUACAGGAAGAGGACUGAUAUUAAUAAAGCUUUCAGACAGUACGAGACAGCGAUGGGUUCGGCGGCGGCGAUGGGCGACCGCGUCAUCCAGAUGGAGUCAAUGGAUGGGGCGGCAAGAUGCUUGGAAGCACUAAGACUCCAGCACAAAAUUUGCAACUGCCGACCAUUAGAAUUCAAUACAAGACUGUUAGAAGUAGCUAGUUCCGUCGGUGCUAAAUUGUUGGUGCGCACGGUGCGCCUGCGUCUCUCGCGCAUCUAUCACGCCCUAGGAGACGAAGACCACCGUCUCCACCACGAAAGGGUCGCCUUCCGUCUCCAGCAGGACCUGGACCUCAUGUGCGGCGGCUGCGGCUCUCCUUACGGCCUUGAAAGCGACUCACUUGAAGCUCUUCCCUGUGCUCAUAUCUUACACGCGAGAUGUGCCUACGAUUUGUUCCGAAGGAGUAGUAAAAAGAAGAAACGGUCGUGUCCUGAAUGCGAUCGGACUAGUUCUAGGUUAUAUUUGAAUUGUACAGAGUACAACACUUCGUACAGUCCGGUGCCGUUGUCUGUCUGUUCUUCCGACAGUCACUGUACGUCGCAUCAAGCCACCAGUUCGGUUUAAACAGUACCAAUGAUUUUGCUCACUUAUCAUUUCUGACCACACGGUACAAUCGCUACGUGAACAAUCACUACUCAUCACUAGAAGUAGACCAAAAUCUGGUAGAGGUAGAUUAAGUAGGUGUUGAAAAUUUCUUGGGCACUUUCUUCCACGCACUAUUCAAAAAUUUAGACGGUCGAUCCUUUCUAGUCCGGAAUCAAGUCACGAUAUUUCAUGUAAAUACAAUAUGUAAGGCAAUUUUUAUUGUAAAUAAUACUGAUUACUGUACAGAAAGUUUAAGCGAAUUAAAAGGAUUAUGAGGUU